AUGUUGGCAACGUUUAAGGGUUUUCAAGGCCGUGCUGUUACCGAGGUUGUUAUCAUCUGUCUAGCGGGCUUUUGGGCUGCAAAGACCGGCCUUCUAAACAAUGAAGCCACAAAAAUCAUCUCUAGACUCAAUGUGGACCUCUUCACGCCAGCCCUUAUCUUUUCGAAAUUGGCCUCCUCUCUGUCGUUCCAGAAAGUUUUGGAGGUGAUCGUCAUUCCCAUAUUCUACGCACUCAUCACAGGAAUCUCAUACGUGGCCGCCCUCUGGGUGUCCUCCCUUCUUGGGCUGUCCGAGCCAGAGGCCAAUUUUGUGACGGCUAUGGCUGUCUUUGGCAAUUCCAACUCUCUGCCCGUGUCUCUGACUUUAGCGCUUGCAUACACGUUGCCGGGUCUGGAGUGGGACGAGAUCGAGAACGACACGCCGGACCAGAUCGCCUCGAGGGGUCUGAUUUAUUUGCUCAUUUUCCAGCAGCUGGGACAAGUGCUCAGAUGGUCUUGGGGUUACAACACGUUGUUGAAACGACGUUCUCCCUCCGUGGGGAUUGCUCUUGACGAUGAUCCUGAGAGCCAAUCUCUAGAGACUCACAGGCCGUCCAGCUACGGAUCUGCCGACGAGCAGUCAGACGAAGAACGGAGAUUGCUCAGCCACCCGCCUCCAAAUCCCGAUAGGUGGAGCGAAGGCUCUUCGAUAACUUCUCACGAGAGCGUUUCGAAAAGCGCAAAUAUCGACAUUGAGACCGAGAACCAGCCGGCAGAGGACGAAAGGCCGUUGCCCCUUAGGAUCUGGAGCAAAUUCCUGUCGGCAAUGAAUCCACCUUUGUGGUCCAUGUUGAUUGCCAUCAUUGUCGCCAGUGUGCCUAAGCUCAGAUACGAGUUCUACGAAAAACAGGGAUUUAUCCAAAACACACUGGCUUUGGCAAUAAAACAGCUUGGAUCGGUCUCGAUUCCACUGAUCCUAGUGGUAUUGGGAGCAAAUUUAGCUCCGUCCCAGGAUAUUCCUCCGGCGAGCCCCCACUACUCCAAAAUCGUCUUCGGGUCGCUUGUAUCGAGGAUGGUGCUUCCGUCCAUUGUGCUUCUUCCUGUCAUUACACUAUGCGCCAAGUAUGUGGGACUGAGCAUUCUUGACGAUCCGAUUUUUUUGGUCACUUCAUUCUUGCUUAUCACAUCUCCUCCAGCUAUCCAGCUGUCGCAGAUUUGCCAGCUGAACGAGGUGUUCCAGAAGGAGAUGGUGGGUGUGCUAUUCUACGGGUACGCGGUCCUGACUUUGCCGGUCACGAUAGUGAUUGUGGUUUCCGCUUUGGAGUGUUUGAAAUGGGCCAAGAUGUAA